GCGAGUCCUCCUUUUUGCACACACACGAAUACAAAGAGCCAUACGACCUUCGGAUGCCGGUGGGUCCUUUGGAGUUCCCUUUGUUACUCAGGUUGCAGUGGUAGGGGGUUCCAUGCUUGAGUGUAGGAAGAAUGAAACCAUGUUGAUCAGGAAGGCCCCUGUUGGCUUUAUUCUUUCAGUAAGGGGCCCAUGAGAGGCAACCAUGGACUGUGUGCUCCUUCACGGCUUACCUACUCCUCCUUCACAGAACCCACAACCUGGAGUUCCGACUCCUCUGACCACCCUCCAUGAGAAAGAAAAGUGAAUCCACAGAGGCCAGUGCUUCAACAUCAUAAAGUCCAGUUGACCAAAGCACCUUUGGGAGAAGCCCAGCGAGUGAGCACGGUUGUUACUGUGCCUAUCAGCCAUGUCCUUCAGUGCCACCAUUCUCUUCUCCCCUCCCAGUGGCAGCGAGGCCCGAUGCUGCUGCUGUGCCUGUAAAAGUGAGAAUAGCGGAGGCAGCGCAGGCUCACAGGGCGGGAACCCUCCUGCCAGCACCCCCAUCACAGUGACUGGACAUGGCCUGGCUGUCCAGAGCUCUGAGCAGCUCUUGCAUAUUAUCUACCAGCGGGUGGAUAAGGCAGUGGGCCUGGCUGAGGCUGCUCUGGGUCUGGCCCGGGCCAACAAUGAGUUGUUAAAACGGCUCCAGGAGGAAGUGGGUGAGCUGAGACAAGGGAAGGUGUGCACCCCUGAUGAAGACGGGGAGAGCCGGGUCCACAGUCCCCCAACAGAGGAGCCUGGGCCCCUCAAGGAAAGUCCCAGGGAAAACUGCAAGACUCUGUCUGUCGUGGAGGAGGAGUGUGACAGUGUGGGCAGUGGUGUGCAGGUGGCAAUUGAGGAGCUGUGGCAGCUGGGGUCAGCCUCAGCAGUGGGACCUGGGCCUUUGGGCUUCCCAGCCUCUCAGAGAGACAUGAGGCUCCCAGGAUGUGCUCUGGCUGGGGGUGAGGGGACCCCUCUGCUCAAUCCGCUGGUGGAUGAUUAUGUGGCCUCUGAGGGUACAGUACAGCGUGUGCUGGUCCCAGCUUAUGCCAAACAGCUUUCACCAGCCACACAGCUGGCUAUCCAGCGGGCAUCUUCAGAGUCAGUGCCAGAAAAUGGAACCAAGCUGCCACCACCCCGCCCUGAGGACAUGCUCAGUGCUGCCGCUGCGUUGGACAGUGCCUUGGAAGAGUCAGGCUCCGGGAGCACUGGGGAGUUGAGGCACUCUCUAGGGAUCACUGCUUCCCCAUGCAGGACCAGAGGGAGUGGGCAGAAGAACUCCAGGCGAAAGCGGGAUCUGGUACUCUCUAAAUUGGUCCACAAUGUGCAUAACCACAUCACCAAUGACAAGAGAUUCAAUGGGUCUGAAAGCAUCAAGUCCUCUUGGAAUAUUUCAGUAGUGAAGUUCCUUCUGGAAAAGCUCAAGCAGGAGCUGGUCACCAGUCCCCACAAUUAUACUGAUAAAGAACUGAAAGGAGCCUGUGUGGCUUACUUCCUCACCAAGAGGCGUGAGUAUCGAAACUCCCUGAACCCCUUUAAAGGUCUGAAGGAAAAAGAGGAGAAGAAACUUCGAAGUCGCCGAUACCGGCUUUUUGCCAACCGAUCCAGCAUCAUGAGGCAUUUUGGACCUGAGGACCAAAACCUGUGGAAAGAUGUGACAGAAGAGCUGAUGUCUGAUGAGGAGGACAGUCUUAAUGAGCCAGGUGUCUGGGUUGCCCGCUCUCCUCGUUUCCGGGCCCAGCGCCUCACAGAGCUCUGCUAUCACCUGGAUGCUAACUCUAAGCAUGGCACCAAGGCCAACCGUGUAUAUGGGCCUCCCUCAGACAGACUGCCUUCUGCUGAAGCCCAGCUCCUUCCACCAGAACUUUACAAUCCUAAUUUCCAAGAUGAGGAAGAAGAGGGAGGAAAUGAGAAUGGACCCAUCUCUCCAUCGUUUGACCAACCCCACAAAACCUGCUGUCCUGACUUGAACUCAUUCAUCGAAAUCAAGGUGGAAAAGGAUGAGUGAAGUCUAUAACCAAGAAUAAUUCUGGCUUCUGCCACUCUCCCUGUCCCAUAAAUGGGUGACUGUGGGGCUUCCCAGAAUAAUGAAAAGCCCUCUGCAGUCUGAGAAAGAAAGUUUGACUCACUUCUUAACAUAGUCUCUCCUGGAAGUGGAAGCUAGAAGCUCUCUCUGGUCGGGUGAAAGACUUAUCUAGAAGGGGAAAAACACCCUCACUGUGAAUGGCAAGCCAGAAAAUGCUUAUUCCUAAGCAUAAACAGUGCCACGGAGGAGCAUGGCAUGAGAAAAGGAGGAUGGGUCUAAGAAAUACCAACCCUUCUUGACACAUGUCUCUCUCUCUCUGAGUCAUUUUCCCCCAAGGCUCAGGGAAAGCAGCCCUGGUUGUACCUUUUGCUUCCCCAUGACUGCAGGUCCAGUUCUGCAGAGGAAGCAGAAUGGACCAGUCCAGGGUAAUACUGCCACCUGGUGGUAAGUUUCAGUCAUGGGCUUGAUUCUUAUGAGCAAAAGAAGGUGGACUCCAUCACUGUUUGGGGACUGGAAUCUAGAUAUAAUAACUACUGCUUAUUGAAUUAUAUAAGGAAGAUUUUAUUAUCUCCAUCUUACAGAUGAGGAAAUUAAAGCUGUAAGAGUUCCAA